AUGAGCGACACUUUCAACUACGAUCCCACUUGGCUGUCGAGAAGGAUGCCAGGACGGCGGUCGAGGAUACUCGUCAACAUGACGCCCGUGAUCGCACCGCCAGUGAAUACGAACGCGAUUGGUGCUCUUACUACUCAUAACAGUACCAUGAACGCUUACUGGCAGAGGCUCCUGCUAUUCUUCUUCCUCGCAACGCAGCCUCCUCCCUCGGACCAACAGGCCGCACAGUCCCUCGCAGACAGCCUAUUGCACCGCCCUUCGAGUGACUAUGUAGCGCCGCCCCGUGUCAUGCCGCCCAUGCCACCUCGCUACCUUGGGUCCUGCCACUGGGAGGUCCAGCUCGAAAACGGCAGCACGUUUGUCGUCCGGGUGCCGGAAGGCCUGAAUGAGGGCAGCGAAUGGUUCCUCCAUCUUUCCGAUCGCUCGAUACAACGCAUUCGCAUUCCGCCCGAAUCGAAGUCUUCGUCGUCUAGUCAGGCAACGUCGUCGUCGGCGACUCCGUCAUCGGAGACCUCGCCUAGCUCCACUCCGUCGACUGUCCCUUCCACUCCUGCGACCGGUGGCGUGCAGGAGGCACCUGUGGGUACGACCAACGCGAACGCCACGGGUGAUGCGGGAACUCCGAUUCCUCCUACGAGCGUUUCCACGGACGAGGCGCCCACGACGCAUUCUUCCCCGACCACUGGGCCUUCCAUGGCCUCGAGCGCUCCCGCUUCGCCAAGCGCUCCUGCGAUGCCAACGGUCGCGGUUGCUCAGGCCGCGCCCAUCCAGCUGAACGAGGACAUCGUAAUGACUGGCGACCCCAUCCCCGGUCCUCCCUCUCUCUCUGAUUCCCAUGCCGGCGCACGGUCGGCAUUAGCUCCUCGCCGUAACCGCAACCACGCUAGGAUGAACGUGCGCCAUGCGCCGUACACCAUCACCGAAAGACCUCAGGCUGCCGCUCCGCGCGCAGACCUGACGGCUAACAGCAACAUAUCAACCGGCGCCGCCCUCAUGGGAGGUGCCCUCGCGAGCGGCGCAGGCGGACUAGCGCCGUCGCACGUCAGUGCAGCGCCGGUCGCCGCCAGUCUCGUCGACUUGAGCGCCUACGAACAUUUCCCGCCGUGCCCCGUCCUCCGCCAGCACAUGCCCUACCUCUACCAGGUCCCGCCGGCGCCUGCGGGCAUGCAUGUGUGCAUGGAGACGCGCUUCUGCAAGCCGAAGAGGAAGCCCAGCGGUUAUUAUUACGGCCAGCCUUGUUUCGCUUCGAGUCAGAGUCUUGACCGCCACAUCAACUCGGUCGCCCAUCGCGGAGUUAAGGUCCCGUGCCCCCACUGCGGGAUGCCGAUGGCGCGCACGGACACUAAGCACGCCAGAACGUGCACGGGUCCCAAGAAGGGUCCGGGCAAUGGUGGCGCGGGCGGUGCGUCGGGCUCGGGAUCCUCGCAGGCGGGCCCGUCUCGCCUCGCCGCCUGA